CGGUGCCCCCCUCUCCCUCUCCCUCUCUCUCUCUCUCUCUCUCGUUUGUUCGCUUCUUUUUCAUCAUCAGUUUAUCCAGUUCACAUGGAGUAUUUAGUCCUUGAGCUUCAAAUUUGAAUGUCUCUCUCUCCCCCUUCCCUCUCUUUUUCUCAACCCUAAGUAUACAUACACAACUGUCGACCAGGACACAGCUGCGCGGAGCGGUUGGAUGCAUGUGAACCCAUGUGCAUCGAACUAUGCAGUUGUGUCCGGGACUGUGUACGUAGCAUUCCUUGUUCCUCAAGGUUACGACAUCUACGAUGCCUUCUGAAUUACUAUCUCUGUACUUCACAGAUAAUGAGAGGAGGAGGAGGAGUGAGAUUGCUGUUUGGGGUUUUGGUCCAGGGGGGAAUCUAGGGUUUAAUUGGACCGGGUGAUGGGGGCUAGGGUACCGGUAGUGCAGCAGUACAAUCUCAGAUCGGCUGCCGAUUCGUACAUCGGAGGCAGCUCUCUGCACGACCUCAACAGCACUGUCGUCGACGGUUGCCCCGGGGAGAUGGACGGCCUCGGGGAGGUCGAUCGGGACGUCGUCACUGAGGAGGAGGAAGAUGAUGGCUUGGACAAUGUCGAGGAAUCGAGUGCUGUUGACUGCAUUCAUGAACCGUACAGGAAUUCCUUACCGCUUCACAGUGUAGGAGUGGAGGGGGAUCGCUCCACCCUAGAAAACAAUUGUUCUUCAAGGGAUCCCUAUGAUGUUUUAACGACUGAAGAUGUUGCACCGAUUGAAAAUGCAAGAGCAAAAUUUUUGGACAUAAUCGUGGAUCACUUUAUUAGUUCACACAUAAUUGAAGCACCAGAUUCUGAGGGUGAUUAUACGCCUCAGUCUGCUCAAGAUAAGUUAAGCAAGAGGAAACUAAGAGAGAUCCAUUAUGAAGGGGACGCAAGGUUUGUUUUGCCCUUGAUGUAUGUCGCAAAUAUGUAUGAGACAUUGGUAAAUGAAGCGAACAUAAGGCUUUCUUCUGUGAAUGUCUUUCGUGGAAAGACCAUUGGGGUGGCCCUUGAAGCAUCUGGUGGUUUGUACAGAAAGGUUAAUAAGAAAUUCCCCAGAAAAGGAACUUGCGUAUUUAAAAGAAGAGAAUUGGCUACUUCAUUUGAAACAAGAUCAAGAUUUCCAGAAUUAGUAAUUCAAGAGGAGAAGCGGGUUCGUUUUGUAGUUGUCAAUGGUUUAUCUAUCAUUGAGAAACCUACUAGCAUGCACAUUGAAGACGCUGAGUGGUUCAAGCGGUUGACGGGGCGGCAUGAAGUGGCUGUCUCUGCCCGAGACUAUAAGUUUUACAAUCCGAGACACAAGUAUAGGCGUGCAGCAUCAAACUCCUUGCCAUGUAUUCCCGGUUUGCCUGCUUUUGCUGGCACAGAUAAUUCUUCUCCAAUGGCUACAGGGCAAGGUUAUCGCUCUGUCAAUGACCCACAAAAUCAGCAGCAAACUCCAUCAAAGCAUCAGCUAGAACCACUUUUGCAUCAUACCCAGUUCCAUCCUAUGCACCACAACCAUCAACAUCCUGGCCAGCAAAAUCAACAUGCAGCUCAGUUUUCUCACAACCAUCAGUGUGGAGCACCUUCACACUUACCUGGAAUUGCCCAUGUGCAGCAGUCUGCAACCAUUCCCCAGCACAUGGCUUGCUUACAACCACUCUCAGGAGGCCAUGUGGGAGGGCGCUUGCAUUUAUUGCCAACGAGUCCCGCUAAGUUUUGUGAUGAAUGUGGAGCACCAUAUUUGAGGGAGACCUCUAAAUUCUGCUCAGAGUGUGGUGUUAAGAGGUUAGGAACCUGAGAAGGCGAUCAUUUAAUUUCUCCUUUCAUUUUUCCUCCUUUUUUUUUUUUUUGUAUGUAAUGGUUGUCUUGUGGACUACAAUUCACUUGUAAAUAAUCAUGAUUAUUUUGACAUGGACGAGCGUUGUAUAUUUUUGAGCGAUAUUUUAUCCAUCACAACGAGAGGAAAAUGGGAUGGGUAACCUAGUGUUCAAUCGACAA